AUGCGCACAAGGUUGUCACUGCGCUGCUUCGAUGAGACUGCGAAUUCUGAGCCACCCGUCUUCGUGUUGAGACGUCGCAGCCGGAAUGAAGCAGCAAGGAAGUUUCAAGCUUCCAAUGCUCACAAGAAAAUGAAGCUUGAGCACUACUCCAACAGGCAGUUCACUGACCACAUCAGCAUGCAGAAUGGUUACGUCGAGGAGAAUGCCGCGGAGAAUGCCACCAAGCGCUGGAUCUGGACUGUGCCAGAUGAGGCUUCACUGCAGAGCAUGGGCAUCAUCACAAUGCCCGCGAAUGAUCCAAUGAGGUUCGCCUCAGCUGCUGCCUUUGGAUCCGGACUGGAUCACGACUGCUCCACCUGGGAUGAACUGUACGACGACGAUGAUGGUGAGCACGCGAAUGCUUGGAAUGGCCCGGUUUCCUCGACUGCGGCAAUGGCAUCCAAGAAGCCGAUGGGAAUGUCUUCCACAGGCUCGGCGACUGUUCUCUCCCAA